AAGCUAAACAGCUUGACAUGAGGACUGCAUUCAAGCAGCAGAGACUAACUGCUCCACAGUAUAAAUUCAGGGAUUUGACACAUGGAUUAUCGUCUGAUUAUCUUUGUGCUCACAGGAGCACUGAUCAGUAACGCUUCUGUCCAAACACGACUGUUCUAUUUUGUGAACACACCACUGAACUGGACUGAUGCUCAGAGCUUCUGCAGACAGUUUUACUCUGACCUGGCUACUAUAGAGAACACAGCAGAUCUCUUUGCUGUUACAAACACAACGUCAAAUUACACAGGCAAAGCUUGGAUAGGUCUACUGAACAUCUGGAUAUGGUCCCUGAAUGACACCAGCCUCUAUGGAGAAGGAGGAACAGGGUUUUUAAACUGGGGUCCUGGUUAUCCUGUGUAUGGACAACAAUCCUGUGUGUUCCUGUUUGGUAUCGAGACAAGUUAUCCUGGCAAAUGGGCUAGUUGGUACUGCACUCAUGCAUUACCAUUUGUAUGCUACAAUGGUGCAAUAAAUGGCGUAUCAUCUUUUGUGUUGGUUAACGACUUCAUGAACUGGGCUGAUGCUCAGAGCUAUUGCAGGGAGCAUUAUGUGGAUCUAGCCAGUAUACGAAAUGAGGCUGAAAAUAGCAUAAUCACAAACUUAGCAGGAGUGUAUGGUGUGUUCAUUGGUCUGCACCAGGACGUGGUGUGGUCUGAUGGAAGCACGUCUGUUUUUCGUAACUGGGCCAGUGGUGAGCCAUACAUGUACUCUAGUAUAGACGAGUGCAUCACCACAUCAUUCAAUGACUCUGGACUCUGGUCAAAUGAUAACUGCUCUCUCAGUUCCCCAUUCAUCUGUUACACAACAGCUCCAUCAAAUGCCCAAAGCUUUGGAGCAACUGCCCAAAAUGAGACCAGUAUCACUCUGCAGUGGAGUCAAGUAAACAAUGGAGUCAAUUUUAUUCUUCAGUUUAAUGGUACAGUUAGAACCAUCACUGCACCUGUUGGAGGGGGACCAGUAACUCAGACAGUCUCAUCUCUCACUGCUGGGACUGAAUAUACAUUCACUCUGUUCUCUGUGUUUGACAAUGUCAGAAGCAGUGGAGUAACCAUCAUUGCAGCCACUGCUCCAUCAAAUGCCCAAAGCUUUGGAGCAACUGCUCAAAAUGAGACCAGUAUCACUCUGCAGUGGAGUCCAGUAAAGAAUGGAGUCAGUUUUAUUCUUCAGUUUAAUGGGACAGUAAAAACCAUCGCUGCACCUGUUGGAGGGGGACCAGUAACUCAGACAGUCUCAUCUCUCUCUGCUGGGACUGAAUAUACAUUCACUCUGUUCUCUGUGUUUGACAAUGUCAGAAGCAGUGGAAUAACCAUCAUUGCAGCCACUGCUCCAUCAAAUGCCCAAAGCUUUGGAGCAACUGCCCAAAAUGAGACCAGUAUCACUCUGCAGUGGAGUCAAGUAAACAAUGGAGUCAAUUUUAUUCUUCAGUUUAAUGGUACAGUUAGAACCAUAGCUGCACCUGUUGGAGGAGGACCAGUAACUCAGACAGUCUCAUCUCUCACUGCUGGGACUGAAUAUACAUUCACUCUGUUCUCUGUGUUUGAUAAUGUCAGAAGCAGUGGCAUAACCAUCAUUGCAGCCACUGCUCCAUCAAAUGCCCAAAGCUUUGGAGCAACUGCCCAAAAUGAGACCAGUAUCACUCUGCAGUGGAGUCAAGUAAACAAUGGAGUCAAUUUUAUUCUUCAGUUUAAUGGUACAGUUAGAACCAUCACUGCACCUGUUGGAGGGGGACCAGUAACUCAGACAGUCUCAUCUCUCACUGCUGGGACUGAAUAUACAUUCACUCUGUUCUCUGUGUUUGACAAUGUCAGAAGCAGUGGAGUAACCAUCAUUGCAGCCACUGCUCCAUCAAAUGCCCAAAGCUUUGGAGCAACUGCCCAAAAUGAGACCAGUAUCACUCUGCAGUGGAGUCAAGUAAACAAUGGAGUCAAUUUUAUUCUUCAGUUUAAUGGUACAGUUAGAACCAUCACUGCACCUGUUGGAGGAGGACCAGUAACUCAGACAGUCUCAUCUCUCACUGCUGGGACUGAAUAUACAUUCACUCUGUUCUCUGUGUUUGACAAUGUCAGAAGCAGUGGAGUAACGGUCACUGCAGCCACUGUAGCACCGAUCAGUGUCCAAACACGACUGUUCUAUUUUAUGAACACACCACUGAACUGGACUGAUGCUCGGAGCUUCUGCAGACAGUUUUACUCUGACCUGGCUACUAUAGAGAACACAGCAGAUCUCUUUGCUGUUACAAACACAACGUCAAAUUACACAGGCAAAGCUUGGAUAGGUCUACUGAACAUCUGGAUAUGGUCCCUGAAUGACACCAGCCUCUAUGGAGAAGGAGGAACAGGGUUUUUAAACUGGGGUCCUGGUUAUCCUGUGUAUGGACAACAAUCCUGUGUGUUCCUGUUUGGUAUCGAGACAAGUUAUCCUGGCAAAUGGGCUAGUUGGUACUGCACUCAUGCAUUACCAUUUGUAUGCUACAAUGGUGCAAUAAAUGGCGUAUCAUCUUUUGUGUUGGUUAACGACUUCAUGAACUGGGCUGAUGCUCAGAGCUACUGCAGAAAGAACUAUGUGGAUCUAGCCAGUAUACGAAAUGAGGCUGAAAAUAGCAUAAUCACAAACUUAGCAGGAGUGUAUGGUGUGUUCAUUGGUCUGCACCAGGACGUGGUGUGGUCUGAUGGAAGCACGUCUGUUUUUCGUAACUGGGCCAGUGGUGAGCCAUACAUGUACUCUAGUAUAGACGAGUGCAUCACCACAUCAUUCAAUGACUCUGGACUCUGGUCAAAUGAUAACUGCUCUCUCAGUUCCCCAUUCAUCUGUUACACAACAGCUCCAUCAAAUGCCCAAAGCUUUGGAGCAACUGCUCAAAAUGAGACCAGUAUCACUCUGCAGUGGAGUCCAGUAAAGAAUGGAGUCAGUUUUAUUCUUCAGUUUAAUGGGACAGUAAAAACCAUCGCUGCACCUGUUGGAGGGGGACCAGUAACUCAGACAGUCUCAUCUCUCUCUGCUGGGACUGAAUAUACAUUCACUCUGUUCUCUGUGUUUGACAAUGUCAGAAGCAGUGGAAUAACCAUCAUUGCAGCCACUGCUCCAUCAAAUGCCCAAAGCUUUGGAGCAACUGCCCAAAAUGAGACCAGUAUCACUCUGCAGUGGAGUCAAGUAAACAAUGGAGUCAAUUUUAUUCUUCAGUUUAAUGGUACAGUUAGAACCAUCACUGCACCUGUUGGAGGAGGACCAGUAACUCAGACAGUCUCAUCUCUCACUGCUGGGACUGAAUAUACAUUCACUCUGUUCUCUGUGUUUGAUAAUGUCAGAAGCAGUGGCAUAACCAUCAUUGCAGCCACUGCUCCAUCAAAUGCCCAAAGCUUUGGAGCAACUGCCCAAAAUGAGACCAGUAUCACUCUGCAGUGGAGUCAAGUAAACAAUGGAGUCAAUUUUAUUCUUCAGUUUAAUGGUACAGUUAGAACCAUCACUGCACCUGUUGGAGGGGGACCAGUAACUCAGACAGUCUCAUCUCUCACUGCUGGGACUGAAUAUACAUUCACUCUGUUCUCUGUGUUUGACAAUGUCAGAAGCAGUGGAGUAACGGUCACUGCAGCCACUGUAGCACCGAUCAGUGUCCAAACACGACUGUUCUAUUUUAUGAACACACCACUGAACUGGACUGAUGCUCGGAGCUUCUGCAGACAGUUUUACUCUGACCUGGCUACUAUAGAGAACACAGCAGAUCUCUUUGCUGUUACAAACACAACGUCAAAUUACACAGGCAAAGCUUGGAUAGGUCUACUGAACAUCUGGAUAUGGUCCCUGAAUGACACCAGCCUCUAUGGAGAAGGAGGAACAGGGUUUUUAAACUGGGGUCCUGGUUAUCCUGUGUAUGGACAACAAUCCUGUGUGUUCCUGUUUGGUAUCGAGACAAGUUAUCCUGGCAAAUGGGCUAGUUGGUACUGCACUCAUGCAUUACCAUUUGUAUGCUACAAUGGUGCAAUAAAUGGCGUAUCAUCUUUUGUGUUGGUUAACGACUUCAUGAACUGGGCUGAUGCUCAGAGCUACUGCAGAAAGAACUAUGUGGAUCUAGCCAGUAUACGAAAUGAGGCUGAAAAUAGCAUAAUCACAAACUUAGCAGGAGUGUAUGGUGUGUUCAUUGGUCUGCACCAGGACGUGGUGUGGUCUGAUGGAAGCACGUCUGUUUUUCGUAACUGGGCCAGUGGUGAGCCAUACAUGUACUCUAGUAUAGACGAGUGCAUCACCACAUCAUUCAAUGACUCUGGACUCUGGUCAAAUGAUAACUGCUCUCUCAGUUCCCCAUUCAUCUGUUACACAACAGCUCCAUCAAAUGCCCAAAGCUUUGGAGCAACUGCCCAAAAUGAGACCAGUAUCACUCUGCAGUGGAGUCAAGUAAACAAUGGAGUCAAUUUUAUUCUUCAGUUUAAUGGUACAGUUAGAACCAUCACUGCACCUGUUGGAGGGGGACCAGUAACUCAGACAGUCUCAUCUCUCACUGCUGGGACUGAAUAUACAUUCACUCUGUUCUCUGUGUUUGACAAUGUCAGAAGCAGUGGAGUAACCAUCAUUGCAGCCACUGCUCCAUCAAAUGCCCAAAGCUUUGGAGCAACUGCUCAAAAUGAGACCAGUAUCACUCUGCAGUGGAGUCCAGUAAAGAAUGGAGUCAGUUUUAUUCUUCAGUUUAAUGGGACAGUAAAAACCAUCGCUGCACCUGUUGGAGGGGGACCAGUAACUCAGACAGUCUCAUCUCUCUCUGCUGGGACUGAAUAUACAUUCACUCUGUUCUCUGUGUUUGACAAUGUCAGAAGCAGUGGAAUAACCAUCAUUGCAGCCACUGCUCCAUCAAAUGCCCAAAGCUUUGGAGCAACUGCCCAAAAUGAGACCAGUAUCACUCUGCAGUGGAGUCAAGUAAACAAUGGAGUCAAUUUUAUUCUUCAGUUUAAUGGUACAGUUAGAACCAUCACUGCACCUGUUGGAGGGGGACCAGUAACUCAGACAGUCUCAUCUCUCACUGCUGGGACUGAAUAUACAUUCACUCUGUUCUCUGUGUUUGACAAUGUCAGAAGCAGUGGAGUAACCAUCAUUGCAGCCACUGCUCCGUCAAAUGCCCAAAGCUUUGGAGCAACUGCCCAAAAUGAGACCAGUAUCACUCUGCAGUGGAGUCAAGUAAACAAUGGAGUCAGUUUUAUUCUUCAGUUUAAUGGUACAGUUAGAACCAUCACUGCACCUGUUGGAGGAGGACCAGUAACUCAGACAGUCUCAUCUCUCACUGCUGGGACUGAAUAUACAUUCACUCUGUUCUCUGUGUUUGACAAUGUCAGAAGCAGUGGAGUAACGGUCACUGCAGCCACUGCUCCAUCAAAUGCCCAAAACUUUGGAGCAACUGCCCAAAAUGAGACCAGUAUCACUCUGCAGUGGAGUCAAGUAAACAAUGGAGUCAGUUUUAUUCUUCAGUUCAAUGGUACAGAGACAAACAUCACUGCACCUGUUGGAGGAGGACCAGUAACUCAGACAGUCUCAUCUCUCACUGCUGGGACUGAAUAUACAUUCACUCUGUUCUCUGUUUUCGACAAUGUCAGAAGCAGUGGAGUAACAAUCACUGAAGUUACUCCAAAUCCUCCAUGUCAGCUGCCACAGAUUGGGCAGUAA